CCCCAGGCUGGGCUGGGAGCUUGAGCUGAGCUAGAGGUGGAGGGAGGAGUGCCCAGGAGAGUGAUGACAUCAGCGUCCAGCCCUUGAAAGAUGAGCUGUUCUCCCGUGCCACUCCAGCUCAGCUCCUCAGAAGACAGAGCAGGACUGUCCGGGACGCACAAGACAGGCAGUCGCUGGACCUGGACCAAGGGACUCGCUGGAACACAGACACCACUUGCUCCAGAAAAGGAAGAACCUCACCUCUCUGCAUCCUAAAUACAAAUGUACCCUCCUUGGAAGCGGCCCAUGCCCCUCUCUAUGCAUGAGGACCCCAUGUACACCACAGCCUCUUUGGGCAUUGAUAUUUUCAACAUCACCACGCAUGUCCUUGAGUCUGCUGUUAACAAGAGCCUUCCAGAGAAUAGCGACUGCCCAGACGUGGAGUGGCUGAGCUGGCUCAAUGCCAUCCAGGCCCCCUUCCUCUGGGUCCUCUUCCUGCUGGCUGCACUGGAGAACAUCUUUGUCCUCAGUGUGUUCUGCCUGCACAAGAACAACUGCACCGUCGCAGAGAUCUACCUGGGCAACCUGGCAGCUGCGGAUCUCAUUCUGGCCUGUGGAUUGCCCUUCUGGGCCAUCACCAUCGCCAAUAACUUCGACUGGCUGUUUGGAGAGGUGCUGUGCCGCGUGGUAAACACAUUGAUCUACAUGAACCUCUAUAGCAGCAUCUGCUUCCUGAUGCUUGUGAGUAUUGACCGCUACCUGGCACUAGUGAAGACCAUGUCCGUGGGCCGGAUGCGCGGGGUGCGCUGGGCCAAAAUCUACAGCCUGGUGAUCUGGGGCUGUACGCUGCUUCUGAGCUCACCCAUGCUGAUGUUCAGGACCCUGAUGAAGUACAACGAAGAGGGCUUCAACGUCACUGCCUGCGCCAUCGACUACCCGUCCCCCUACUGGGAGGUAUUCACCAAUGGGCUGUUGAACCUGGUGGGCUUCCUGCUGCCCCUAACCAUCAUCACCUUCUGCACGGUGAAGAUCAUGCAGGUGUUGAGGAACAACGAGAUGAAGAAGUUCAAGGAGAUCCAAACAGAAAGGAAGGCCACUGUGCUCGUGCUGGUUGUCCUGGGGCUCUUUGUGAUAUGCUGGCUUCCCUUCCAGAUCAGCACCUUCCUGGACACACUGAGUCGUCUCAACGUGCUGUCUGGAUGCUGGGUCCGGCAGGCCGUGGACGUCAUUACACAGAUCAGUUCCUACAUGGCCUACAGCAACAGCUGCCUCAACCCUCUGGUGUACGUGAUUGUGGGCAAGCGCUUCCGGAAGAAGUCCCGGGAGGUGUACCAAGCGAUGUGCCGGAAGGGGGGCUGCAUGGGAGAAUCCAUCCAGAUGGAGAACUCCCUGGGGACUCUGAAGACUUCUAUCUCAGUGGAACGCCAGAUCCACAAGCUGCAGGAUUGGUCAGGGAACAACAGACAGUGAACAGAGGCCACCAGGAAGGACUACCUCGAAGACGUGUGAAGACUGGUGGAUCCUGGACUACUCAGCCUGGGUGCGGGAAGGAGCCUGAAGCAUCCUAGCAGCCCCAGGGAAACAGGCGGGUGAUUCCAGACCCGUCUCAUGGCCUGAGCGUGCUGUGAAGAAUGGAUCCCCUGGAGCACAGUGGGAUGAUUCUGACUGACUGGCACUCUGAGGCCCCGUGAGUGGAGGGAUCCUGGGGUAGGGUUGGAAGUGACAUCACUUCCUUCCCACGGUGGCUCGGGGAAGGACAGAUCUUCAGGGAAACUGCUGCCAGGUUCAUCCUAUGGCUACACUCACAGGAGGCCCGGCUGGCUUGCUUCUAGGUUUCACAGUUUGAUCAUUUCCUGGUUUUCUGGAGGUCAAACUCCGAGGAGUCCCAAGUAAGGACCCAGAGAUUGGGGUUCUAUCACUCCUCUCACCAUGGGGAAGGUAGACAGUAAGAAAGAACCCCCCAAAGUGUUUAUGGAGCACUUGCUGAAUACACAGCAUUAGACACUGUGGGCAAGAGAUAAGAGAGUCACAGUGACAUCCGUCUAAAGGGAGCCCUGAUGUAAGUAGGAUGCCAGGACUUGCAGUCCCCAGGAGGCAGCUGAUGGUGUAUAAACUCAAGGAACUGUGAAAGGAGCAGAAAGCACAGGGUCUAAGUGAGCCGGUGGACAACACAGUGGCCUGGCCCUGGCCUCUGCUUCUUCUGCUAGAAUGUGAGAGGGUCUUGUGCUUUGGCAAAUGGCGGGUGUCAUGUGACUGUGUGGGAUCAGAACACACAUCACGUGAAGAUGCUUGGCACAGAGACAGUCACCGCGGCUCAGGAACUACCCAAUGGGGAAUAAUCAGUGUUGGAAAACACAGGCUAUGCCUGCAGGUGUAGGAGGCCCUCCCUCCUACCUUUCCCUCCUAGUUAGUGACCCACCCCAAUGCACACACAAUAAAGUGUUAUGCCUGCCCGAAUUCCAGAACCCAAAUCACCACCACAAGACCACCUCCGAUGUAAAAACAAGGAGUCUUUAUUCAUGAGUUAACUCGGUUCCCUCCAUCCAUCCGAAGCAGCAACAACAACAGCAGUAUCGACAGCAACAGUGUAGAAGAGACCCGGAGCCAGUUUGGAUGCUCACCUUACGAGACCUGGAUGGAGGAGGGUGGUCCUUGGACUUCCCACAGGGCAGAGAACCCUGAUUGCUCUUUGGGCUGACGAGGGAGGGGGACUUGAUUGG